CAUGGUGGUGGGCAGCCCGCUGACAGGCAUCGCUGUGGAGGUCAGUCGCUCAACAAUGUAACGCGGCAUUCAGUUUCCCCCUCAAACCUCUUUGUUUCUUAUUCAUGAUUCUGUCCAUCUGAAACAAGGAAUUUCGCAUUGCACUCAGUCGGCACAUCCCGUCUGCCACGUCUCUCCCGGUGGUUUUAUUUUUUAUUUUUUUUGGAUGGCAGGUGUCCCGGUGCGUCGUCGUCCUGAGACCGGACAAGUCAAGUGAUGCCUUGAGCUGCAUUGUUGCUCCCUGUUUGUUCCUCGUCUGUGUAGCACACCGGGCUGGAAAUGCUUCUGUGUUCAAUAAGCCGGCGGCGUUCAAAGGUUAGGCAUCCAGUGAGCAGAGGGUCCGAGCCAGAAACACAUCAUCCACACUCCUGGGAUCCAAGAGCUGUCUGCCUACCUACAUUAAUUUAAACGGAGGUCAAGACAAGGGGCCACACUUACACUGUGGUGUUCGUGGUUUUGGUGGUGUGUGUGUGUGUGUGUGUAUCAGUGGGUGAGUGGCAGCUAGUUUUUCACUGUUCCCAAAGCCUACAACUGUGUGUGUGUGUGUGUGUGUGUGUGUGAAAAUAUGUGUGGUUGUGUUACAGUGCAGACUUGAGCAGACAAAGUUCAGGUCAGCAAAAACUAGCCACCUGGUGUGUGUGUGAGAGGGCUGGACAGUCCAGUGUGUGUGUGUGUGUGUGUGUGUGUGAGGGGCUAGUGUUGACCAGGCUAUGAGUGCCUCUCAGAGGGAGAGCAGUUCGAUGCUGAGUUGAGCUAAGGGAGCAGAGCAGAGGGACCUCACAGAGGAGCAGCGAUGGGGCUCGGACAGUCCAGCAAGGCUCCAGUCACCGAUGACACUGAAGAGGUCAAUUUCGACCACUUCCAGAUCCUGAGGGCUAUCGGAAAAGGGAGCUUCGGAAAAGUAUGCAUUGUGCAGAAGAAGGACACCAAGAAGAUGUAUGCCAUGAAGUACAUGAACAAGCUGAAGUGUGUGGAACGGAACGAAGUGAGGAACGUCUUCAAAGAGCUGCAGAUCAUGCAGAACCUUGAGCAUCCGUUCCUCGUCAACUUCUGGUAUUCCUUCCAGGAUGAGGAGGACAUGUUCAUGGUGGUGGACUUGCUCCUGGGCGGAGACCUGCGCUACCACCUGCAGCAGAACGUCCACUUCUCAGAGAGCACCGUCAAGCUGUACGUCUGUGAACUGGCCCUGGCUCUGGGCUACCUCCGCACCAAACGCAUUAUACACAGAGACAUCAAACCUGACAACAUACUGCUUGACGAACACGGGCACGUCCAUCUGACAGACUUCAACAUUGCUGCCAUCGUGAAAGAUGACCUGAAAGCCACUUCUAUUGCUGGGACCAAGCCAUACAUGGCUCCAGAGCUUUUCCAGCCCUGUGAGGGGUCCCAUCCUGGCUACUCCUUCUCUGUGGACUGGUGGUCUCUGGGCAUCACAGCCUAUGAGCUGCUCAGAGGACAGAGGCCAUAUGUGAUGAGAUCCAGUACCCCAGCUAAUGAGAUCCUUCAGACGUUCCACAAGGUCCAUCCCAGUUACCCUGCAGCCUGGUCUUUGGAAAUCAAGUCACUUCUCAGAAAGCUGCUGUGUAUAGAUGUCCAGAAGCGCAUUUCCUGUCUAGCAGAGCUACAGGAUCUGGACUACAUGUCAGACGUCAACUGGGACGCUGUGCUCAGCAAACAGCUUCCUCCAGGCUUUAUCCCCAACAGGCGGAGGCUAAACUGUGACCCUACAUUUGAACUGGAGGAGAUGAUCCUGGAGUCCAAACCGCUACACAAGAAGAAGAAGAGGCUGGCUAGGAAGACCAGAGACCAGGGAUCCGAUGGAUCCCCACAGAAUGGCCAGCUGCAGCAGCGUCUGGACAACGUUCAGAGAGACUUCAUCGUCUUCAACAGAGAAAAGUCAAGGAAAGCAGCAGCAGACUCAGAGUCCUCUGAGCUGUCCAUGACGGAGAAGAACAAGGCUAUAGAAGAUGGACAGAACAACAACGUGGAGCCAGCCGCCUACAUAUCAGGAUAGUCCCAAUGACUGUAGAUCCCUAGCUACUCCAAAGUCACCCACGCCUGCCCACAGCUUGUAGAUCAGCACUUUACACCAAGUCACCCAUCCUUCAGACACCGAUCUUAAACAUCUCUGCAUCAGCAUUACACACAUGCACAUGCACACACAAUCACACAACUGUGUACACCCAUGUACCACCGCAACCCACACUAACCACCUUAUCCAGAGCUGCAGGACUGUGAUGGUCUCCUGCAGCAGCCAUUCCACAUCCAGGCUUCCACCCAUUUCUCUCACCCAGAAGAGUGACUCUUCGUGGGGCAUGAGUCAGAUCAUGCUCCCCUGCAUUGCUCUGGUGCUCCAAAGUCCGCUGAACCUCCUCUCUCCCUGGGCAAUGAAGCAAAUAGGAAGUGACUGUCCCACCAAAUGGAAGACAAUGGCAUACCUGCUCAGCUCUGACAAGAAAUGAAGCUUGAUGUGGACAAAUAUGGCUUACACUUGCAAAAUAUGAGCAUGGAAGCUGACUGGAUGGGACUGGAUGAGGGAGUUGGGAUAUCUUUAACUCACUGGAAAACAAGCACUUGAGUGGAUACUUGUGUCCCAAGUGAUGCAUAGGUUACUUGAGAUUAGAGCAUGACACCAAGAGUAGACAACAGUAAGAGGUUGGAUAUAAAAUGAGAAAAAAAAAAAAACGAGGCCUUUGUUUUUAAGACAGCAACCACAGAUUCCUCUCCUAACACAGAAGAUAAAGAGCUUAACUGUAGGCUUGAGCAUGAAUGGCUCACUUUGUCAUAGCAGCAGAAACAUGAUUGUAGCGAUCAUAAUGCAAAGCUUUGCUAGGCAAGCUAACAAAGAUGAUAGGAUUGCAGCAUUUUGUACUCUGUCCCAGCUCUAUCAUUUGCAGACCCAGGCGAAGCAUGCUGCAGGUUUUCUUCAAAUGUACAUGCCUUACGUUGGAGUUUACAGUAAAUACAGGUUGAGGUUUGUUUGGAGCCCGGUGUCACUUUUUACAGUCUCAAAGUCUCAAAUCGAGUUGUAGUUAAAGAUGAACAGUUUAAACUUCCUCGAAAGCUGUAUCAUUUGUGGGACAACCUCAGUGCUUUUUGCCUCAAUCUGCAAAUGACUGGCUGUGGGUUCAAAUAAAGGUUUAUGGCUAUGAAAUUGUAGGAAAGGUAGAUAGAUGGUAGAUGUUAAAUGUUAUGCACUGAACCUUGCUUUGCACAUGCUUCUUCAUUAAUUGUAGCAUUUAAGCACAGAGAGACAAAAAAAAAAAAAAAAAAAAAAAAACAUGAGUGAAUACCCUUAGGGCUGGUUUCACAGACGUGGACUGAGCCGAGUCCUAGACGAGACGAGAUUCGUUCUUUCAAUUAAAAUUUGCAUCCAAACUUGUUUUGUCCAAUAGUUUGCCAGCUCCCUUUCUCUAGUGUGUUGAAUACAACCAGUUGCACACGAUUUGCACUGGCGGAGAAGUCUGUGCAUUUGCAUUUGCAGCAAAUUGCUCCCACAGAAGGAAGAUUAGAUUGCAUACUGCUUCUGCUACAAUGGACUUGUGCAGAUGGCAUUCAAACAAUAACAUGAAAUGCUGCACCAGCUACAAUAAACGACACAGUAGAUAACACAUUCCUUUUUUCCCUUACUCCUAAUCUGGCCAAACACGUUAGCAAGAAAAUUGUAGAGGAGGAGGAAAUCAUAUUUGGUUGUAAAUUUUAAGCUCGAACAUCACAUUUAUAAAAUUUAAGCUCUGCUGAAUCUGCGUCUCAGAAAGCAGCCCCUGAAGUUUGUAGAGGGGUGCCUUGUACUUUAGAUAUGGCACACACCUGGUUCCCAUAAACACAAAUGGUACGGUAAUGACAAACCUGAGCUUUUUCCACUUUCAUUAAGUCAAAUGUGAUUUCUACUAAUGCCUAGUCAUUCUGUUGACCUUACUCUAUCUGCAAUACAACUCAAUCCUAUCCAGUCUAUGAUACCUGUAACGAUAUUUAAACUUGAGUCACUAUCAAAUUAAUGAGCGUUGGCACUUUUUUGUUGAAAAUUGGUACAACUGUUUUGACUUACCUUUGUGUUGGUGUUGAUGUAAUUUCACGGAUCCAAAGGUUGUUUGUAAGUUGUUUGAUAUUGUAGGGAAGUGAAACCGAUGGAUUAUUCCUGGUCAAAGUAUGUGCUAAUCAGACCUGUGACAAAUACUGUUUGCAAAUAAUUCUUCUCAUUUUUUCAUAUAAAAUUGGGUGGUGGGUUCUUGCAUCUGGGUACUAAUUGUGUCAUCUUAUAUGGCAAAUCCCAUCUUUCUAGAAACUUCUGGUGGGAAAAAACAAAUUUUGUUUGCAAAUAGUAUUGGGCGCAGGUCUGAUGCUAAUAUAAUUUUCAAUGGAUUUCUCCAUUUGAAAGAGAAUUUGGUCUAGGAAUAGACAUGUUCCAUCCCUGUGAACCUCAUCGCUGUAAGCUUCUGUUGUCCCCCAGUUGUCACUGUGUGUGUUUACUUGUAUUCAAAUGUGAUGGAGUUGCAGACUAUAAAGGUGUGCCUUAAAUAAUGAUUUUCUUUUUCUGAUCAUGA